GUUCAUUUGUUUGUUUGAGUACCACCAACCCUUCCAUUCCCCCUUUCCCUUUCCUUUCUAUAUAGUGGUUGUUCAAGUAUUUUUCCUUAGAGUGCACGACUUUCUCUGGUUCGCUCUCUGCUACUACGGAAUACACUGCUCUGCUUCAUUGAAGAUUUAAAUCCCCGACCCACCAUCGACUGCAGGUAGCUAGGGCUGACGGGAUCUACAAAUUUGUGAUUGGUUUUCAUGCUGUGAGUCACAACAAAGUUGAAUUUAUUUGAUUGCUGCAAUUGACUAAAGAAAGUGAUGGUAAUUUGAAGAUCUCGAUUCUUCCAUGGAAUAUUUCUUGAAACCCAGUGGUGCUCCGGAGGCUUCACAUUUCCUUAUAGCGAUCUAUUUCUCUUUUCUUUUUGUUGGUGCUAGGUUCAUCUUUGACAAAUUUAUCUUUCGUAGGCUAGCCAUAUGGUUGUUGCGUAAUGGAAGACCUGCUUCUCUGAUGUUUGAUGAUGCUACAAGAGCAAAAAUCAUCAAGUGUUCCGAGUCAUUAUGGAAGCUUACUUACUAUGCAAUAGUGGAGGCAUCAAUUCUUCGCAUUUCCUACAGUGAACCAUGGUUUAGAGAUACACAGAAGUAUUUUAAAGGAUGGCCCGAUCAAGAGCUUAAGUUUCCUUUGAAACUUUAUUAUAUGUGCCAAUGCGGGUUCUACCUCUACAGUAUCGCUGCCCUUGUUACAUGGGAAACUCGAAGGAAGGAUUUCUCAGUGAUGAUGUCUCACCAUGUUAUCACCGUUCUUCUAAUAGGCAUCUCAUAUAUUACACGGUUUUUCAGAAUCGGAUCAAUUAUAUUAGCACUGCAUGAUGCGAGUGAUGUUUUUAUGGAAGCUGCUAAAGUUUUUAAAUAUUCGAAUAAAGAGCUUGCAGCAAGUGUAUUCUUUGGUUUUUUUGCUCUUUCAUGGCUCUUGUUACGGCUCAUAUUCUAUCCUUUCUGGGUGAUAAGCGCUUCCAGCUAUGAUCUCCAAUUUUGCUUGAAGCUUUCAGACCCAUAUCAUAGGGCUCUCUACUAUGUCUUCAACACCAUGUUGAUCAUGCUGCUUGUUUUCCAUGUGUACUGGUGGAUACUCAUAUGCUCAAUGAUAAUGCGGCAGCUGAAAAAUAAAGGAAAAGUUGGCGAAGACAUAAGAUCAGAUUCAGAUGACGAUUAGUGGAGGAUUUUAUGAGUUUCGAUCUUGAAAAUUUCUUGGGUACAAAAACAUUUAGAAGAAUGUUGCAUAUUUUAAGUGCUUCAAAUGGAUAGAUUUUUGCUGUACAAAAACAGGUUCUCUUGUAUAAUUGUUCUUUGGAGCAUUACAUCAAUUAGAUUCCAUAUAAUGGUGAACAGCAGCAAUUAAGUAUCAGUUUUGGUGUGCAUGGAGCUGCCCGAAAAACCAUUGAACGCGUUAUCGUAAACACUCGUCUCGUCAAUCUUCGAAAGAUUUUGAUAUUUUUGUAGUUGCGUCAUUGUGGCGGCUGUGCACAUACAUGCCAGUCGUAUACAUACUUUCCGUUAUGUUAAAAGCAUUUCUCGUUGAGUUUUGA